CGAUCCCUCCCCCCUCACUCAACCACAGUAGCACUCUGCCAUACUAUCACGCACGCACUCCAGUCACACCUCCCACGAAGAACCAACAGGAGGCGCGGAUCCCACCGAUAAAUAACCCCGCCUCGCCGCUCCUCCCCAAAAUCAAUCACCGAUCGCUCGGGGUUCCCGGCAUGACAAUGAUGGCCAUGCCCGAGGCGCCCUGCCUCUGCGCGCGCCCGUCCCUCGCCGCGCGCGCGAGGCGGCCGGGGUCGGGGCCGGCGCCGCGCCUGCGACGGUGGCGACCCAAUGCGACGGCGGGGAAGGGGGUCGGCGAGGUGUGCGCCGCGGUUGUCGAGGCGGCGACGAAGGUAGAGGACGAGGGGGAGGAGGACGAGCCGGUGGCGGAGGACAGGUACGCGCUCGGCGGCGCGUGCAGGGUGCUCGCCGGAAUGCCCGCGCCGCUGGGCGCCACCGCGCUCGCCGGCGGGGUCAAUUUCGCCGUCUAUUCCGGCGGAGCCACCGCCGCGGCGCUCUGCCUCUUCACGCCAGAAGAUCUCAAGGCGGAUAGGGUGACCGAGGAGGUUCCCCUUGACCCCCUGAUGAAUCGGACCGGGAACGUGUGGCAUGUCUUCAUCGAAGGCGAGCUGCACAACAUGCUUUACGGGUACAGGUUCGACGGCACCUUUGCUCCUCACUGCGGGCACUACCUUGAUGUUUCCAAUGUCGUGGUGGAUCCUUAUGCUAAGGCAGUGAUAAGCCGAGGGGAGUAUGGUGUUCCAGCGCGUGGUAACAAUUGCUGGCCUCAGAUGGCUGGCAUGAUCCCUCUUCCAUAUAGCACGUUUGAUUGGGAAGGCGACCUACCUCUAAGAUAUCCUCAAAAGGACCUGGUAAUAUAUGAGAUGCACUUGCGUGGAUUCACGAAGCAUGAUUCAAGCAAUGUAGAACAUCCGGGUACUUUCAUUGGAGCUGUGUCGAAGCUUGACUAUUUGAAGGAGCUUGGAGUUAAUUGUAUUGAAUUAAUGCCCUGCCAUGAGUUCAACGAGCUGGAGUACUCAACCUCUUCUUCCAAGAUGAACUUUUGGGGAUAUUCUACCAUAAACUUCUUUUCACCAAUGACAAGAUACACAUCAGGCGGGAUAAAAAACUGUGGGCGUGAUGCCAUAAAUGAGUUCAAAACUUUUGUAAGAGAGGCUCACAAACGGGGAAUUGAGGUGAUCCUGGAUGUUGUCUUCAACCAUACAGCUGAGGGUAAUGAGAAUGGUCCAAUAUUAUCAUUUAGGGGGGUCGAUAAUACUACAUACUAUAUGCUUGCACCCAAGGGAGAGUUUUAUAACUAUUCUGGCUGUGGGAAUACCUUCAACUGUAAUCAUCCUGUGGUUCGUCAAUUCAUUGUAGAUUGUUUAAGAUACUGGGUGACGGAAAUGCAUGUUGAUGGUUUUCGUUUUGAUCUUGCAUCCAUAAUGACCAGAGGUUCCAGUCUGUGGGAUCCAGUUAACGUGUAUGGAGCUCCAAUAGAAGGUGACAUGAUCACAACAGGGACACCUCUUGUUACUCCACCACUUAUUGACAUGAUCAGCAAUGACCCAAUUCUUGGAGGCGUCAAGCUCAUUGCUGAAGCAUGGGAUGCAGGAGGCCUCUAUCAAGUAGGUCAAUUCCCUCACUGGAAUGUUUGGUCUGAGUGGAAUGGGAAGUACCGGGACAUUGUGCGUCAAUUCAUUAAAGGCACUGAUGGAUUUGCUGGUGGUUUUGCCGAAUGUCUUUGUGGAAGUCCACACCUAUACCAGGCAGGAGGAAGGAAACCUUGGCACAGUAUCAACUUUGUAUGUGCACAUGAUGGAUUUACACUGGCUGAUUUGGUAACAUAUAAUAAGAAGUACAAUUUACCAAAUGGGGAGAACAACAGAGAUGGAGAAAAUCACAAUCUUAGCUGGAAUUGUGGGGAGGAAGGAGAAUUCGCAAGAUUGUCUGUCAAAAGAUUGAGGAAGAGGCAGAUGCGCAAUUUCUUUGUUUGUCUCAUGGUUUCUCAAGGAGUUCCAAUGUUCUACAUGGGUGAUGAAUAUGGCCACACAAAAGGGGGCAACAACAAUACAUACUGCCAUGAUUCUUAUGUCAAUUAUUUUCGCUGGGAUAAAAAAGAACAAUACUCUGAGUUGCACCGAUUCUGCUGCCUCAUGACCAAAUUCCGCAAGGAGUGCGAGGGUCUUGGCCUUGAGGACUUUCCAACGGCCAAACGGCUGCAGUGGCAUGGUCAUCAGCCUGGGAAGCCUGAUUGGUCUGAGAAUAGCCGAUUCGUUGCCUUUUCCAUGAAAGAUGAAAGACAGGGCGAGAUCUAUGUGGCCUUCAACACCAGCCACUUACCGGCCGUUGUUGAGCUCCCAGAGCGCGCAGGGCGCCGGUGGGAACCGGUGGUGGACACAGGCAAGCCAGCACCAUACGACUUCCUCACCGAAGACUUACCUGAUCGCGCUCUCACCAUACACCAGUUCUCGCAUUUCCUCUACUCCAACCUCUACCCCAUGCUCAGCUACUCAUCGGUCAUCCUAGUAUUGCGCCCUGAUGUUUGAGAGACCAAUAUAUACAGUAAAUAAUAUGUCUAUAUGUAGUCCUUUGGCGUAUUAUCAGUGUGCACAAUUGCUCUAUUGCCAGUGAUCUAUUCGAUCCACAGAUACAUGUGCAAACUGCAAAGUUUCUGGUAAUCAGAGAAGUUUUUCCUGAUGACCAAGCUACUAUAACAUUCAUUGGCAAUGGAGCAAAAACAAAAUGCACAGAGCAUGCUCUUCUAUCAGUGACACUGAAGGAAGACGAACGAUCCACACCGCAGUCAGCAGGGCAGCAUAAGGAAGG